GCUAUAGUUCCAGGGGUACCCAGGGUACAAAUAAUCACUCACCCCUAACACAUAUUGUCAGUGUAAUUUGUGCAAGGCUUAGCAGAAUCCGACCUCUCAGAGGGAGGUGGUGUUUGGGCAGAGGUUUGCAAGCUGUAGAGUGUCAGCUCUGGGGCCCAGCAGUGUAAUGAGGAGAUGGAGCAGGUGCUGGUUUCAUUGAGAGGAAAUGAGUGGGUGGGGGUGUCAGUAGGUGGGUGAGUCAGCAGAGCGUUGCUAUUGGCCAGUACUCCCGGCAGCCAGUGAAUAGGUAAUCAGGCAGCAGUGUCUCCAUUCAUCCUGACUCACACUCGCUCACACUCACACUCACUCUGAUCCUGUACAGCAGCUCCCAGCCUGGGGUCCCCCUCCUCCUGCACCUGAGCUCUCUCCCUGCUGCCUGGGCUUGGGGGCCACAGAGGUGUCGGCUGGGAGAUGUGAAUGGAGGCAGGUGGAAUAAUGGCGUUCCCUGCCCCCGGCCUGCUGUCCAUCUGUCCAUCUUCCCACGAGGAUUAGCCCCCCCCCCACUGACCUUUCCCCUAGAGGAGCCCCCAUUAGGCCGGAUAUAUAAAUAUAUGGAUUUAUUUCUCACCCUCUGCAUUUCCUCUGCUGGAGGGGAGGGGGGACUCGGAGCACCUUCCUGCUGGGUGCUGUCACACGCCUGGCUCAUAUCCUCCAUCGUUAGGGUGUCACUACCCACCCAGCAGCCUGUCCUGUUCCCUUUGCUUGCGGCAGGGGGAAUGUAUUGAUUGGUGGGAGGGGCCACGCUGUGUGGCACUUGCUCCCAGAGACUGUCAGCUCUCUUGGGCUCUCACUGGAUCAGGACCUGCUUCUCUCCUGCUGGAUUCUCCCCUCCUGGGCUUGAAUGCUAAUACCUGGCUCCCCUUUAUAACCAAGGGGUCUGUACCAAUGUGGGGUCCCAGAGGGAGAUCCAUGUAGACAGCGCGUUUGGCCGGCACCAGACUAUGAGAAGCCGACCCCCCCUUGCUGUAGAGUGCAAGCUGGCCGCUGGCAUCAUGGAUCUGCUUCCCAAAACCAAGUACAAUCACCUUCGUAAUGAGUCGCUCAGCUCGGUGGAAGAGGCUUUGGCUGCUGGGCCCCUCAGUCCUUCAGUGGAAAUGAUGGUGUCCCAGUCUGUGGCCCACUCAGCCUCCUCUUCCUCCCUGGCCCCCAUGCUGGCCGAGCUUUCCUCUGAGUCGGAGGAGAGUCCCACCACCCUGUGCUCCUUUUUCCCCAAAAUGGGCAACCUGAAACUUUCCAACCCGGCCAAUCUGCUCAACCUGCGCAGCUUCUCCUCCAAGGAGAGUGUCAGCCCCGGGGAGCAAGGGGACCCCCACAAUGAAGGCAGUAGCCCAGAAUCAGGCGGCACUUUCACUGUUUUCUCACAGGAUAUGAACAAACUGAGCUGCGGGAGAAAGUCCCGGGUGGAAGGAGGACAACUGGCUGGUGAUGAAUGGACCAGACACGGGAGCUUUGUCAAUAAACCCACCCGAGGCUGGCUGCACCCCGACGACAAGGUCAUGGGCCCCGGAGUUCCCUAUCUGGUCAGGUACAUGGGAUGUGUGGAGGUUCUGCAGUCAAUGAGAGCCUUGGAUUUCAACACCCGGACACAAGUCACAAGGGAAGCCAUAAGUCUGGUGUGUGAUGCUGUCCCAGGAGCAAAGGGGGCAAUGCGAAGGAGAAAGACUUGCGGACGCUCCUUAAACUCCAUCCUAGGGAAGAGCAACCUGAAGUUUGCAGGCAUGCCAAUCACACUGACCGUGUCCACUAGUAGCCUCAACCUCAUGGCUUCCGACUGCAAACAGAUCAUCGCCAACCACCACAUGCAGUCAAUAUCUUUUGCUUCUGGGGGAGAUCCGGACACAGCUGAGUAUGUUGCGUAUGUGGCCAAAGAUCCAGUCAAUCAGAGAGCCUGCCAUAUCUUGGAGUGCCCAGAGGGCCUUGCUCAGGACGUGAUCAGCACAAUAGGACAGGCUUUUGAACUUCGCUUCAAGCAAUACCUCAAAAAUCCCCCCAAACUGGUCACCCCCCAUGACAGAAUGGCUGGUUUUGAUGGGUCGGCGUGGGACGAGGAAGAGGAGGAGCUCCCAGACCACGCCUAUUACAAUGAUUUCCCAGGGAAAGAGCCCCCUAUUGGGGGAGUAGUAGAUAUGAGGCUGCGAGAUGGGGCUGCGCCCGCAGUUCUGAGGCAGAGUCCAAAUCACAUGGGUGCCACCCUGCCAGUGGGACAGGUUUCUGGUGCAGAACAAGAUUCCCGGAAGAUGCAGCCCACACUGCAAGGCAGGGAGAGGUUCCCAGUUCCCUGCAGUCGGCCUCCUAAUCGCCCUGAUCUCUUUGAUGACCCCUCCUACGUCAAUGUCCAGAACCUGGAGAAGUCACGGCAGCCUCUGCGGGCAGCAAACGGCCAAAGGGACAUCUUCGACAUGAAGCCAUUUGAUGAUGCUCUGCCCUCGGCUCAGGCAAUAGUGAGUAUGGAGGAUCAGCUGAAGCGGGAGCCCUGGUACCAGGGUAAGAUGAGCCGCAAGGAAGCAGAAAGGCUGCUGAAAGUGAAUGGAGACUUCCUGGUGCGGGAGAGUACCACCACCCCGGGGCAAUACGUACUGACCGGCCUGCAGUGUGGCCAGCCCAAACACUUGCUGCUUGUGGACCCUGAAGGGGUGGUUCGAACCAAAGACCACAGGUUUGAGAGUGUCAGUCACCUGAUCAGCUAUCACAUGGACAAUCACUUGCCCAUCAUCUCCGCUGGCAGUGAGCUCUGCCUUCAGCAGCCGGUGGAGCGGAGACAGUGACCCCGCCUUCUAGCUGGGCUCCGCCCCUUCACACUUGAGCCGUCACCAACACUACCCACACCUCUGUUUGUCUUUCCUUUCUCCAGAGCAAGUGACUCCUGGCCACGCCUCUGGCUGGCCCUACUGUAGUAGGAGGAGCCUUAUGGGGCCCCAGCUUGGCUCCGUCUCUGAUAACUGCACAAGAGCCAGGGCAAUGUAAGAACUGCCCCCAGAAGCCCCAAGCUCCACCCAUUGCACCUGAAGUCACAGACUAUGAUCAGCUGGGCCUUACUGUGUUCCCUCUUCCAUGGGCACUGCCAGUGUCUGUAUUCAGCACAAUGCCAGGCUGAUUCCUGAAAGCACACUCACACUCAUACUCACACUCCAUGUGACCAAUCUCUCUUGUGCCUUCACAAGCAGCACCUACAUACAGGCAGGAGCUUGACUCUUACCCACUUAUGCCUGGCACCCACCCUGGGACUGGCUCACAACUGCCAGAGGAGGGAACCAUAUGAUCUGUGCUUUCUUACUAUUGGUUGGUUUGCUCUGAGGACUUCCCACCCCAAACCUGCCAUGUGCUUCCUGUAGGAGACAGACGGACAAGCUUUAGUGCCCAGCCAUGAAUCCCACGUUCCUUCCCCUCCAUCUUCAGCUGAUGGUAUCCUCCCUGUGCCUCAGGGCAAGAGACUGGCAUCUGGGGAAUGUGCCAAUGCUGAGUAUUGGGGGUGUCCCACACUCUGUGCCUUAGCCAGGGCCCAGGAAUAUUGCACACUCACCUGUGACCCUGUUACCUGUAGUUUCUCCCUCCCAUUAGUCACAUGCUCAGUUGUGGGCUUUAGUUACUGCUGUUGGUAGUCUUUAGGUGGCACUUACCCCCAGUCACCUGGAUCUCCAAUGGAUCUCCUGAUUACAGGCUUGUGCCCCUCCAGCUGGAGUUGCGCUAUUGGUUGGCUCGUGUGGGGGAGGUCCUGUAGCGCAACAUUUAGAGGCGGAGGCAAGUCUGUAUCAGAUAAUGCUGGUCAGAUUAAACAUUUCCCUAAAAUCCUGUGCAGUUUUAAGGGAGGCCGUCCUUUCCUUCAUCUUACUCAUUCAUUCUCCUCUGCCAAAAAUGAAACUGCAACUGUCAAUUUUGGGGCCCAAACCUCACUCCCAGUCUGAUGCUGGGGCCCAACCAAAAUGCAGGGGAGCCGCCAUCUUGUUUCAUGUUCCCAGCGCAUGUGCUGGCAUAGGGUGACACAAUGAAACAAGCUGGCGUCUCUCUCAUUGGCUCCACCCACUGCAUUUUUUUUGCCCUUUAAAGGGGUGUAUCUCUCAAUGAAUGUUUAGUAUCUUCCUGAUCUGCUUUCGGUGAGGUGAGGUGUGUUAAAGGGGCAGUACACCCCGGGGCUUUACAUAAGAACAAUCUAUAUUUUAUGUUUGCUUUCACUUGCCACUUCCCGGUCUUUUGGAGAAAUGGUGUCAGGCAGAGAAGGCAGUUAAUCUAAUUAUAAGGCUACCCUAUAAUAAACUCCUCCUUCUCUGUAAGCCUGAGUGACAGGCAACAUUGGCUGGAACUUUACACUGAGUUCAUCUCCUGAUUCCUUAGGGGCAGGGGGUACAGUGUAAAAACUUCAAAUGUUCUACAAAGGGUUUGUAGAGGCGGCUACUGCCCCUUUAAAGGACCCUUAGGGCCCCAUUUCCAGAGAGCCAGAUCUGCACAUCCAUAGGGGCAUCUCAUGAAUAUGUCUUGAAUAUAAUGGUGUGGGCGGGGCUUUGUUUAGGCAACACCUCAAAGAAGCACAAGCAGUGCAAUAAAAUCCACUCCAGGAGGAGGGGGAUCAUGGGAAAUGUAUAGUGUUCAGUUUCCCCAUCAAAACAGAAUCAUUUAAAUCUAGUAAUAAUAAUAAUGAUUAGCAAAUGUAAUAAACUGCUGCCUGUGGGGAGUCCAGCCCAAGUCCCUUGCACUAUUGCUGCGCCUCAGUGGGGCUGCUGGGAAUUGUAGUUUAACAACGACGAGACACGCACUUCCCUGCUCUACAACAUUGUAUAAGUCAGUGGUGAGAGUAACUUCCCCUUUAAAAGCAUUUGAACCUCUGCCCCCUCCAUAGCCGGGUGCAAGUGAUAGUUGUGCUGCUCCCACAGUCUGGGGCAUAAGACAAUCAGCUGCGGAGCAGAGAGUGGGGUGCAGGGGGGAAGGGAAUGGGCUGUACCCCGCUCUCUGUAUUGGGGAUAUAAUGAUUCACCCCCCAAUCAUGUACAUAAAUCUGGUCUUUGUAUUGCAUGUCACUUUGUACCCCACCACUAAAGUCUCACCCCUGCACACAUUCUGCAUAUCUUACAUGCACACGCGUGUACCCCCGACCCCCCGUGUAUAUGUCCCACUUUCUUAUUGUUUUAAUCAUAUGCCUCGAUUAUACCAAAGGAACUCAGAUAUUCUGCUUCUUAUUGUUAUUAAAGUAGUAUUUCUAUACAAAGCUUA